UUAUAGCUAAGGGCUGCAACCUGAUUGAAACAAGAGGAAGAAGGACAAGAGGGGAAGAAGAAGAAGAAGAAGAAGAAGAAGAUUAUCGUCGCACAUGCGCAGUCUGUUUGUGGAAUAGUCAAUGAAGAUGGCUGCGCCCAUAGACUUGGAGCUGAAGAAGGCGUUCACGGAGCUGCAGGCGAAGAUGAUCGAUACGCAGCAGAAGGUGAAGUUGGCCGACCUGCAGAUCGAUCAGCUGACUCGGGUUCAGAAACACACUCAGCUCACUCACGCUGAGAUCACCACGUUGCCCGACAACACGCGCCUGUAUGAGGGAGUUGGACGCAUGUUCAUUCUUCAGUCGAAGGAGGAAAUAAACAAUCAGCUGAUGGACAAACAGAAAACAGCUGACGAGAAAAUUAAAGAACUCGAGCAGAAGAAAGUGUACCUUGAACGCAGCGUGAAAGAAGCAGAAGACAACAUCAGAGAGAUGCUGCUGUCCAGGAGAGCCCAGUGAUCUGUAAUCAAUAACUUAUUAGUAACCCAGCGAUACACUCAUCAGUCGUCUGUAAUCACUAACGCACACACGUGUUCACGUCGGUGUCUGUCUGUUAGUUCUUCAUAUUAAAAUGUUGAGAAAAAUGUCGGUCUGUUUCUUGUCUGACUUUGAUUUAAAUACAUGAAGAAGAAUGUACGUGUUGUUUCUUUAGAUUGAUUUUGAUGCUCAGAGCAAACUGAAAUAAAAUGAAGUUUUUCCA